UAAAGUGACUACUAAAACCUGCAGAGGGCAGAAGAACUCUUGCCUCGUGCAGUUCAGCAUUCGUUACAAUAAUCAUCUCGUCUUUGUAUUGCAAAUGUGAUUCUCAUCAGCGACAAUAAAUGAUAGUUCUGCUGUUGCCUAGCAGGCGGGUUUGUUUCUUCAGCUUUUUUUUAGAAUGACAUUGCUGUCAAGCCUUUACAUCCAGCUGCCCCCAAAACAACACGCUGCCAUUAUCUCUCAUUGGUUUUAUACACGUGUGCUUGUAUUGGGUUUUCUAUUGAGGUAAUGAUUUGUUCAGCAGCUUGCAAAUGAACGGAGUCCAGUUCAAUGGCCCGAUUGAUACGGCAGCAUUCUGAAGCACAGCUAUCCAUCGCGGAGGUUUGAGCAGAGCAGAGCCAGAGCAGAGAGGCAGCGAGGUGCAGGGAGAUACAGCGAUAGACAAGAACACGCCAGAGAUUAUACUUGAUGCCCCUCUCGGCGAGAUGGUUGAGUCCACAUCAAGGUUGCUGCCGCUGCUGUGCUAUCCUCAAAUCCACUGUUCACUUUUAGCUUCGUUCUCAGCGUCUGGCAUGGCACUACGGAUUGUUGUCUCUGGCUGAAAAGGAAUACUUCCCAACCUAAAUACAUGUUUAGUUGUAAAUAUGAAAACUGUGCAUAGAGACGGAUACUACGCGGGAUCUAUCGAACUAUCUGACAUGAUCAAUAGAAGAAGCGUUAAAUGCUGCCGGACGGAUUUAGUUCAAUCUAGAACCAUGAGGAUUAGAACUGGAAUUAUAUUCUGGAAUCUCAUGUUUUCAAUGAUGUUCUCGUGUGUGAAAGGGUUCACAAAUACGUGUGGAGGGACGUUAAAAGGACAGAACGGAACCAUAGAAAGCCCAGGUUUCCCGUACGGAUAUCCCAACGGUGCCAACUGUACCUGGGUCAUCGUAGCAGAACAAAUGAACAGGAUUCACAUCGUUUUUCAAUCUUUCGCCGUGGAAGAGGAAUACGAUUUUUUAUCUUUGUAUGACGGACACCCACAUCCGGCACACUUCCGGACGAGGUUGACAGGAUUUCAGAUCCCGCCUCCCGUCACCAGCACAGGGUCCAUACUUUCACUACGGCUUACCACUGACUUUGCAGUAAGCGCUCAUGGAUUUAAGAUGGCUUAUGAAGAGUUAAGGAGCAGCGCCUGUGGGAACCCUGGUGUUCCACCUAAAGGCAUCCUAAACGGAACACAGUUCAACACCGGGGACACGAUCCACUACAGGUGUGUGACGGGCUACGUGUUGGACGGUCACUCCCUCCUUACCUGUGUCCUCAACACAGGCAAUAUGGCCGUCUGGGACUUCCCUGUCCCCAUCUGCAGAGCUGAAGACACGUGUGGCGGUACGUUGAGGGGGUCCAGUGGGAUCAUCUCCAGCCCUGAAUUCCUCAGUGACCUGUCCAACACUGGGGAAUGUAAGUGGACGGUGCUGGCUGACCCUGGAGACACCAUCUCACUGGUGUUCACUGACUUCCAGAUAGAGGACAAACACGGCUCUCUGGAGAUAGAAGGAUCAGAGCCGCCCAGUAUCUGGUGA